CUGCUCUCUAAAUAUUUGCUUUGAGAAUUGGGCUCUCCCAAACAACGAGUAGCAUAGCAUGUAGUAUUAGCAGCAGCAUAUGUUGUUGUUUGUGGUCAUCCCUUACAGCAGUGUUGAUCAGAAGAAGACUAUAUAAUAGCCUUUGCUCCAAUCACUUCCUCUUGUUCAUGCCAUAAACUAAACCCUUUCUACAGUUACAAAUCUAUGCUACUCCACAAAGACUCUUUUUGCAUGAGACAUCCUCUCUCUUAAAAAACCCCUUCUUCAGUCAAACCUCCCCAAUCAUACUUUUACCAUUUCACCACUCACACUUUUCUCUCCCUCUUAUAAUAACAACAACUUCCUCAUAUAUACACUUACUCUCCUUCAAUAGGGUAACUUUUUCAAUUUGGUUGCUACCCUUUUGUUCUCUUUUGGACUAUAUAUUGUAUAUUGAAGCCUAAAAGGUUUUGAAGAAAAAAAAAAGUGAUGAGAAACUCUGAAGCACCAACACAUGGUGGCAUGAUGGAGAUAGAAGCAACAACAAGGCCUUCAGGGAAUGGUUCGACAACAACCCUACCAGGGUUGAGUCCUCUGAGUGAGACCCUUUGGAGGGAGAAGGCCAACACUGCAGAGAUCAUUGGUGAUGUCUCAGCAAGGCUCACAUGGAAGGAUCUGACUGUGAUGGUAACUCUCAGCAACGGUGAGACACAGAAUGUUUUGGAGGGUCUAACUGGUUAUGCUGAACCAGGAACCUUCACUGCUCUCAUGGGACCCUCUGGCUCAGGAAAAUCUACUCUUCUUGAUGCACUUUCUAGUCGUUUAGCUGCAAAUGCCUUCCUUUCAGGCACCAUCCUCCUCAAUGGGCGCAAAGCAAAACUCUCUUUUGGCACUGCCGCCUAUGUGACACAAGAUGACAACUUGAUCGGUACCCUAACGGUGAGAGAAACGAUAUCAUAUUCAGCUCGUUUGCGUUUGCCGGAUAACAUGCCAUGGGCAGAUAAACGUGCUUUGGUUGAGAGCACCAUUGUGGCAAUGGGGCUCCAAGAUUGUGCUGACACAGUGAUUGGAAAUUGGCACUUGCGUGGGAUCAGUGGUGGGGAGAAGAGAAGGGUCAGCAUUGCCUUGGAAAUCUUGAUGAGGCCAAGGUUGCUUUUCCUUGAUGAGCCAACCAGUGGACUUGACAGUGCUUCAGCUUUCUUUGUGACUCAGACCCUACGUGCCUUGGCAAGGGAUGGAAGAACCGUGAUAGCCUCUAUUCAUCAACCAAGCAGUGAAGUGUUUGAGCUAUUUGACCAAUUAUACUUGCUCUCUAGUGGCAAAACUGUUUAUUUUGGGCAAGCUUCAGAGGCAUAUGAGUUCUUUGCACAAGCUGGCUUUCCAUGUCCUGCUUUGAGGAACCCUUCUGAUCACUUCCUCAGGUGCAUCAAUUCUGACUUUGACAAAGUCAAGGCCACCCUUAAAGGGUCCAUGAAACUCAGGUUUGAGGGAAGUGAUGAUCCUUUGGACAGGAUCACUACUGCGGAAGCUAUCAGAACUCUUAUUGACUUCUACCGCACUUCUCAGCACUCUUAUGCUGCAAGACAAAAAGUGGACGAGAUAUCCAGAGUUAAAGGAACUGUGCUUGAAGCUGGAGGAAGUGAGGCUAGUUUUCUGAUGCAGUCGUACACCUUAACCAAACGUUCCUUCAUCAACAUGUCAAGGGACUUUGGCUACUACUGGCUUAGGCUUGUUAUCUACAUUGUGGUCACUGUUUGUAUUGGAACCAUUUAUUUGAAUGUGGGGACAGGCUACAACUCUAUUCUGGCUAGAGGUUCUUGUGCAUCUUUUGUCUUUGGUUUUGUCACCUUCAUGUCAAUUGGUGGAUUCCCUUCAUUUGUUGAAGACAUGAAGGUUUUCCAAAGGGAGAGGCUUAAUGGCCACUAUGGUGUCACUUCAUUUGUCAUCAGCAACACAUUAUCUGCAAUGCCCUUCCUGAUUUUAAUCACCUUUCUCUCAGGAACCAUUUGUUACUUCAUGGUUCGCCUACACCCUGGCUUCUGGCAUUACCUCUUCUUUGUGUUGUGCCUUUACGCCAGUGUCACAGUGGUUGAAAGCUUAAUGAUGGCAAUUGCUAGCAUUGUCCCCAACUUCCUCAUGGGCAUCAUUAUUGGAGCAGGAAUUCAGGGCAUAUUCAUGUUGGUCUCAGGCUACUUUAGGCUCCCACAUGAUAUUCCAAAGCCAGUGUGGCGCUACCCAAUGUCAUACAUCAGUUUCCACUUCUGGGCACUACAGGGUCAGUACCAGAACGAUUUGCGCGGCUUGGUAUUCGACAACCAGACACCGGACCUUCCGAAGAUACCGGGCGAAUACAUCUUGGAGAAAGUGUUCCAAAUUGAUGUCAACAGAUCAAAGUGGAUAAACCUGAGUGUGAUCUUCAGCAUGAUUGUGAUCUACCGCAUCAUUUUCUUCAUCAUGAUCAAAGUCAACGAGGAUGUUACGCCUUGGGUGAGAGGGUACCUUGCUAGGAGGAGAAUGCAGCAGAAGAGUGGAGCACAGAACACUACUAUUGCACCUGAUGUUCUCACUCAGUCACCAUCUCUCAGAACCUAUGUUUCCACUCAAACAAAAUGAAGGCAUCAAAGUUUGACUCAAAUAAUGAAGCUUUCAUUAUCAAGUAGGGAUUAGACAAAUAUAUAUAUAACUUAAAAUUCUUCUUCUUAUUUUUAUACAUUCUUGGUCUUUAACAAUGUUGACAUAUACUCCAGAACUUCCCUAAGAAUGGGAUGAGUAAUAUGAAACUCUGGAGUGUUUUAUUAUUAAGUCUUCAACGCCCACUGUUCAUAAUUCUUUCUUAA